AUGAAACCACAAAAACCUGCCACAGAAGCAAGCAAUGGCGAUAUAAAUGAAGCAAGCUCAAGAAUCGCCGAAAAGAAGGAGAACAAACAGCAGACAUCAAAAUAUCAGCUAGAUCAUAUGUACUUUGUGCUGGAUACAAAUGUGCUUAUGGACAGUUUGAAGCUUUUAGAGGAUGUGGCAAAUUUAAGACUUGUUGGCACCUCGGGCAGCAUGCUCUAUGUGCCCUAUAUAGUUAUAAAAGAAUUGGAUGUAUUAAAAUGCAGGCAGACAACAAGCUUUGCCGCCAGACGGGCCAUCGAAUAUCUGAAUGAUAAAUUCGAUGAUAGAGAGAAAAUCGAGGCACAAUCAGCACUCGAAGAUGCACAGCAGCUAAUCGAUAUAGACAGUGCGGAUGAUAACAUUAUCAAUUGUUGUCUGCAAUUGAAAGCUGAGCUGCAGCAUAUGAUGCUGCUGACAAAUGAUAAUAAUCUGCGGCUCAAGGCAGUUGCUUCGUCCAUAAGGGUGUCGACAUGCUAUCAGUUGACCAGCUACAAAGGCUACUGGUGGAGCCUGCCAAGGGGUCGUCGUCUACAGAGACGCCAAAAGUAUAAAGUUUGGAUUUAG